AUGUCGCUGUGGGUCUCAGCGAAUUGUGGCGGCUGGCGGUGUAGGCGCAAGCGGCCCGUCUUCCCAGCCCUGCGGGGCAUGGUUAGCGACACGGCCGCUACGGAGCUUCAGCUGGUUUUUGAGGCCAGGGAUGUGAGAAAACGCGUCGCGGAGCGCAAAGAGGGCUUUGCAGCUGCGGUCGCCCGCGCUGAGAACAAGUGGCCUGAUAGACAGCUGCUGGCGGGCCUUGUCUUUAGCCGCUGGACGUAG